AUGCUGGUUCGUUUGAUGGAUCUUAAAGUUCAUGAAUGGAAACCUGCCAUGUUAGAUAAAUUUGAAAAAGUACUCGAUGCCGAAUUGAAACAUAGUGAUGAAAAGAAAGGUACUGCAUGUAAAACAAUUGAUUUUGAACAAGAAGCUGGUUAUCCAAAACAAGAUUCACGUUUUCUUGAUUUAAGUAUUCGAGGUUUAUGUACUGAUGAUUAUGGAAAAGUACAUGAUAUCGAUAAAGGAUUAAUGACUGUUGCUAUUGAAAGACAUAUGGAUGAAGUCAAUGAAGCAGCAGCUGCAACUGUUUAUCGUGUUGGAAAUGUUCAACUUUUCAAACGUAAUAGAAAUAAAUUAAAUUUCAUUAUUAUACCAAUUUCCGUUGGAAUCGUAAUUUUUCUUAUUAUAUUAACAUUUGUCUUACGUAAAAUAAGAGAUGCACAAAAACGUCGUCAUAUUGUCACGGAAUUAAAGAAGAAAAGAGAAACGGAUAGUAAAAAAGCUCAAACAAUAGCCAAUGUAGACCCACAUGCAAAUGAAAAACAACGCUUAUUACAAUUAGAUCCAACUGUUGUCGGUAGUGCAUCGGAUACAUUAGGUAGUCCAAAAGAUUUUACUAAUGAAAAACCAUCAAGUCAAUCUCGUAAUAAUCCAUUCGGUGGUGAUAAUUCUAAUCGUGGUGGUUCACCAACAAAAGACAAUCGAUCAACAUUUAAUAAUCAACGAUCAAGUCGUGAACGUAUGCAAGGACCUUAUGAACAGUCAGACAUGAUGCCAAUGGACGAACGACAACCACGCGUAGUUGUAAAAACAAUUCGUGGUGAUGGAAAUCAUCCAUCAUAUUUUCAAGAACAUGAUGAACCAUCAACAUCAUUUGUACCCAUUCCAGUACAAGUCGAACGAAGUGGUCCUCAUCAAAGAAAUGUUGCACCGCCUUAUCAUUCCGAUCCUUAUUAUCGACAUGUGAAUUCUUAA